AACAACUGUUAAAGAUGGCGUCCCCCAAGUGGAGUUGUGUGUUGUUUCUGUUGUGCGUAACUAUUUUUUGCAUAGUGACAGCAAACGAUGUCAAAAAUCAAAAACCCAAAAAGAAAAAGGACAUCAGGGAUUAUAAUGAUGCAGAUAUGGCAAGGCUGCUGGAAGAGUGGGAGAGAGAUGAUGAUAUUGAAGAGGGCGAUCUCCCAGAACACAAAAGAUCACCCCCGCCUAUCGACUUUUCUAAAGUGGAUCCAAAAAAGCCUGAAGAGCUUCUGAAGUUGUCUAAGAAAGGGAAGACACUGAUGGUCUUUGCAUCUGUCUCAGGAAAUCCCACUGAAAAGGAGACUGAGGAGAUCACCAGCCUGUGGCAGGGCAGCCUCUUCAAUGCGAACUAUGAUGUUCAAAGAUUCGUUGUGGGCUCUAACCGUGCCAUCUUCAUGCUGCGGGACGGGGGCUACGCGUGGGAGAUCAAAGACUUCCUUGUUAACCAGGAGCGCUGCUCCGAGGUGACUGUAGAGGGUCAGGUGUUCCCUGGGAAAGGAGCGGAAAAGAAGGGCAAGCAGGAGGAGGAGAAGAACAAGAUCAACCCAGACAAGAAGAAGAAGAAGAAGAAGAAGGAGAAGGAAGAAAGCAAGGAAUCAAAAUUCCACAAAGAGAAUAAUAAGGCUAACAAAAACAAAGUAGAGUUGUGAUCCUCGUUCGUGUGAACUGUGCCUCUAAACAGCUUUUCUACUAGAGCACGCCCCUCCCCUGUUUACUGAGGCAUCUCUUAAUCCUGUGUGCUUUAACCCUGGUUAGUGUGCUUCUCCAAUGGAAGAGUCACACCAUCGGGGUUAAAGGUACACCUUCAGUCAACCAAUCAAUCAAUCAAUCAUUCAGUCUUUAUUGAAACAAAAUGAAAGUGCGUGCAAGUUAAUGAACCAAACGCUUGUUUACCUUCACUCGGUUUCUUUGGGAUUAAAGGUGGAUGAGCAUGGAUUAGUUAUCACGUGUGAAGGUUUACCCCCAGUAAUAUUAAGUUACUCAUUUUGAAAAAACUUCUGUGUGAAAAACUCCAGCAAAACUCAUGGUACGGUUAUUUCAAGUUUUACGUUUAUUGAUGUGUUAAUAGAUAGCCAGCAUUAGCAGGAUAAAAUGUUUUCCCCUGAGUUACUGUGUUAUGGUUUGGCAGGCUUUCCCCGCCUCCUCUGCUAGGAAACAGUGGUGGUCUUCAUAGGUUGCUCUGCAGUAAGACCAAUACCUGUCAGUCACUUCUACUUUUAAUCGGAUCUCAUCAGGGUGCUCAGGGCUCGAUAAAGCACCAUCAAAUUGGAUAAAUCUAAAUCUGUUUCCAUUAUGUCUUGCUAAUGUUAAGAAUACAAAAAAGAUCAUUUAAUCUGGAAUUUGUGGUAGAAAAACUGUUUUAACAAAACCUGAAAAUAUUACAAAUAGUUUACAAAUAAAGCCUAAUUGUAUGUGUAUUGUUGCUUACUUUUAUAAAAGUGCCAUCUGUUGUAUGUUUAGAAGAACAUUACCCUAAUACAAUCUUUUAUGUUUUUUCCCCCCAAAGCAAAAAAUCUGCAGUAUAUUGCUAGCAAAGUACAGUAUAGUUCACCAUAAGGAUCUGGCCAUGGCAUUUCUCAGUGGUGUGUGAAUUACCCUUUGAUGUUAUUGCAUAGCUUCAGUUUUAAUUUAUAUCCUAAUUAGCAGCCAAUGAAAAGGGAUAAUAAAUCAAGUAUGUUGAUGACUCCUGGUGUUAAAUGGUAUUGAUUAAGUAAUAUGUUUACUUAGAUUUUUAUAAUAAAAGUUUUUCUACCAUA